ACCGAAAGGCAUGAGCCAUAUAUUCUUUCCACACAUAGCAUCAUAAGUGUUGGUUCACAUUUCACAAGUAUAAAUAGUUACUAUAUAGUAGUAAACCCUAGCAAGCAACAAUUCCUUCUUCCUCUAUUCUCUUGUACAUAUUUUGCUCUUUUUGAAUAAAUUUAAUCAUUUGAUAUAUCAUCCAUCGAAAGAUCAUUACGAAAGUAGCAAUGGUGGAUCGAAGGUAUGGGAAGAGGCCCUUUUCAUCCAAUGAAUGGGAGGAGAAAGAGGAUAUUAAUUUCCCUAUUUAUUCAGCUCGAUCUCAACAUGAUAUGUCUGCUAUGGUUUCUGUUCUCUCUCAAGUUAUUAGCAACACAAAUAAUACUACCAAUAUCUCUUCGUCAUCGUCGAUGCAUGAAAUUGAUCCACUAACCCUACCUCAACCAACAACAAAUCAAAUUCACGAACAAGGGAACCAACAAAGAAAACGACAUUAUAGAGGUGUGAGACAAAGACCAUGGGGAAAAUGGGCUGCUGAAAUACGCGAUCCAAAGAAGGCUGCACGAGUAUGGCUAGGGACAUUUGAUACUGCUGAAGCCGCGGCACUUGCUUAUGAUGAAGCAGCACUUAGAUUCAAAGGAAACAAAGCUAAACUCAAUUUUCCUGAAAGAGUUCAAUCAGGAAAUACUCAAUAUCUUACUACAACUCAUCAACAACAACAACAACACUACGCAUUUAAUAAUAAUAAUAAUAAUAUUCCUCAGAUGGUCACUCAGCCUAAUUUAUAUCAACAACAUUUCCCUAAUGUUCAUCACUAUGCACAAUUACUUCGCGAUGGAAGCAAUAAUAAUAUUGAUAAUAUGAUGAAUUUUGGGGUUUCAGAUCAAUCGAGUUUUUAUCAUCAUCAUCAACAAGGUAAUUUUAUUUCACCGAAUACGUCGUUGGAAUUACAACAACAACAACAACAAGCAAGUUAUUAUCAUAAUCAACAAGAAGAUUUUCUAAGAUAUACAAUGGAUUUUGGUAAUUCUUCAAAUUAUAGUACUGGACCACCUAGUGAAAGUAAUUGGAUGGAUUUUGAACCUAAAAAGUAAUUUAUUUUUAUCUUUAAAUUUGGUCAUGUGAAGACAAUAUGAAGGUAUGAUCUUAAGGAUGCCUCUAAGUCUCUAGUAUGAUUAAUGCAAGCUUUUUAUUUAUUUGUUUAUUCCUAGUUAUGAUGUAAAAUGCUGGGAUUUUCUUUCAAUGAGUUGUAUUAUCAUAAAUCUAUAUGAAAACUCUUUAGAGU